ACAUCAUUCACAUCAUUCACAUCAUUCACAUCUUCACACCAUUCACGACUUCAAGUCUAGAUUACCUACCUAGGUAUCAUUACCCAAUAUUAAACAAAACCCCCCAUCCCAUCCAAAAUUCCAAAUCAUGACACAGCAAAUUACCAGCAACCCAAGAAAGUGGGUACCUAUGCUGUGGAUCCCACGGAAGAUUCGAUGAAAAAAUAGCGAAUCAAAAACAGGGUCUCUUCCGAUAGUGGGUUUUCCUGUGGAUUUGGACGUCAUGGAUGAAUGAUUUUUAGGGAUUCUUUGCUGGUUUGCGUUAUUUUAAUUUUUUAUUUGUUGGUUUUUUGGUUUUUUGGCAUUGUUUUCAAGCUGGAAUUUUUUGAAGGAAAAGGAAAGAAAGAAAGGCUUGCUUAAUCUUUGGUACAGUACUGGACGGGUUUUUACGACUGGAAUGGCGGUGUAAUGAUGUUGAUUUCACGUUACGCGCUCAGGAAUCUAGUUUGAAUACGAGAAGAGCAGAGCAGAUUCGUCCUUGGAUCCUUUUACGGAGUACUUACGGACGCGUCACGCAGUUAUAAGGAAGGUCGUCGUGAUGGUGCCGAGUCCUUCCUCAGCGUCGGAAUCUACCAAGAGAGAAGACCCGGACCUCGAGAAACAGCCCACCACGUCCGAUGAAGAUAUAACAUCCAUAACCGAGUCCCCAACCCCCAUUGGAGAAGGACUACACCACCAACUCACCAAAGAAGACGACCACGUCGGAGGAGGAUUAGCAACCAUCACCCAAUCCUGGGUGGAAUACCCCCAAACCCCAUAUCAUGAAUUCGGCUUCGUGGCGGUUAUUUGCAUGGCUCAAUUCAUGACACAAUCCGGUCUCGCGCAAGUCAUCGCGCCGCUCCAUCUCAUCGGUGCCAGUUUCGACGCCCAGGUCCCGGGGCAAUUGAGUUGGUUUCCUGCCGCGUAUUCGCUGACGGUUGGGACGUUCAUCCUGCCUGCUGGACGACUGGGAGAUUUGUACGGGCAUAAGAGACUGGUUGUUACUGGAUUCCUUUGGUGGGCGCUUUGGAGUCUGAUCGGGGGACUGUCGAUGUAUUCUGGUCCUACGUUGUUGGUUUUCUGUCGGGCGAUGCAGGGGAUUGGACCGGCGUUGUGUUUGCCAAAUGCGGUUGCGAUUUUGGGACGGACGUAUAGACCUGGCGUUAGGAAGCAGAUGAUGUUUAGUGCGUUUGGUGCUACGGCUCCUACGGGGUUUAUUGUUGGUGCGGUGUUUGCUUCGUUAUUGGCGAAAUAUGCGAAUUGGCAGUGGGGAUUUUAUAUCAAUGCCAUCGUCUGUCUUCUCCUCGCGAUUCUCAGUAUCUUUCUGAUUCCUACUACACCGCCUCCGCGCCUGAAUCCCUCGGAGAGCGUGUGGAAUCUCACCGAUGCUUUAGGAGGCAUCACGGGAGUCUCAGGAUUGGUACUCGUGAAUGUAGCGUGGAAUCAAGCACCGCUUGUGGGGUGGUCGACUCCGUAUACGUAUGUCCUUCUCAUCAUUGGAAUCGUCGUACUCGGUGAGUUUGGGUAUGUUGAGUUACGAGUCAGCAAGUUCCCUCUGGUGCCGUUCAAAGAUAUGGCUGCCGAUUCGGCAUUCAUCUUAGCAUGUAUGGCUCUGGGAUGGUCGGGAUUCAGUGUCUGGACGUAUUACUUUUGGCAAUUCUUGUUGGAGUUGAGACAUGUCAGUCCUUUGCUUGCAUCUGCGCAGUUCAGUCCGGUUUGUAUCAGUGGUCUUCUUGCUGCCGUUACUACGGGAUAUAUCAUCCAUCGUGUCCCAGGAAGUUUGUUGAUGGGAAUUGCUCUUCUGGCUUUCAGUCUGGGGUUGAUUCUCCUGGCUACCGCGCCGGUAGAUCAAACUUACUGGGCACAGACGUUCGUCUCUCUACUCAUUAUGCCUUGGGGAAUGUGAGUUGUCGCUCCAUCCAAUAUCUGUUUCCGAGCUGGAGCUAACGAAUGAUAGGGAUAUUUCGUUUCCUGCAGCAAAUCUGCUACUCAGUAACAAGAUGCCUAGAGAAUCACAAGGUGUUUCGGCUAGUUUGGUCAACACUGUGGUUAACUAUUCCAUCUCGCUGGCUCUGGGAAUUGCGGGGACGAUUGAAGGAGAGGUGAAUGAUGGAGGGCAAGACAAGCUGAUGGGAUAUAGAGGUGCUUGGUAUUUGGGGAUUGGAAUGGGCAUUGCGGGUAUUGCUUGUGCCAUGGUUUUUGCAUUUUCCGAGUGGAGGGAGAAGAAGAGGAAGUAGUGUGCCUAUGUAAGAAUGAGGUGUGUAGAAAAGUGUGUGUAAGAAGUGUGUGUAAGAAGUGUGUGUAAGAAUGAAGGGAUGGAUACCGUAGCAGUAUUAGACUAGAUGUUAGAGCGCAUUAGACUAGAUAUUAGAGCGUGUUAGACAAGACUAGGCGAGUGCAGUACAAGUAGACGAGGGUUUUAGACUAGACUUACACGAG